AUGACAUCGCGCCUGGUCUUGGUCAUUGGUGACCUGUUUAUCCCUGAUAGAGCUCCGUUUCGGAAACUCUUAACACCGGGGAAGAUUGGUCAGAUCUUGUGUCUGGGAAAUCUCACCGAUAGGGAAACGUUCGAGUUUCUCCGCCAGGUUGCCCCCGACUUGCAAUUGGUCAAGGGUGACUUCGAUGUCGACUCCCCCAACCUUCCCCUCUCCAAGGUCGUGACUCACGGUAGCCUCCGGAUUGGAUUUACUCAUGGACAUACUAUCAUUCCCCCGGGUGAUGCCGAUGCCCUUCUCAUCGCGGCCCGCCAAAUGGAUGUCGAUAUCUUGCUGUGGGGAGGCACGCAUCGCUUCGAAGCAUUUGAAAUGGAAGGGAGGUUCUUUGUGAAUCCAGGAAGUGCGACAGGUGCCAUGAGUACGGGCUAUUGGCCGGAGGGGGAGGGACCCGUACCCAGCUUCUGUUUGAUGGAUAUCCAAGGUGAUGUGUUGGUCUUGUACGUCUACCAGCUCAAGACGGAUGCCAACGGGGUCGAGACCGUUGCAGUCGAAAAGGUUUCGUUCCGCAAGAACAAUGUCCCUUCCUCAUGA